AAACAAACGACAAAAUAAACUCGACAAACACGCCCCUCAACCCCCGCGCUCUCUCCCUGUCUCUCUGCAAUUUCCAGGGUUUCCUGUUUUUGAUUACUCCAUUCGAUUAAAAAAUCGGAGAGAUGGUUCUAUCACAGAAGAUUCACGAAGCAUUCAAAGGAACAGUGGAGAGAAUCACAGGUCCACGCACUGUUUCUGCCUUUAAAGAGAAAGGCGUUCUUAGUGUCAGCGAAUUCAUUCUCGCCGGUGACAAUCUCGUCUCUAAAUGCCCCACUUGGUCCUGGGAAUCUGGUGAGCCGAGCAAGAGGAAGCCUUACUUGCCUGCACAGAAACAGUUUCUGAUUACUCGAAAUGUUCCUUGUCUACGAAGAGCUGCGUCUGUAGAAGAAGAUUAUGAAGCUGCUGGAGGUGAAGUUCUACUUGAUAAUGAAGAUAAUGAUGGAUGGCUAGCAACUCAUGGGAAACCUAAAGAAACUAAAGGUGAUGAGGAUGAGAAUGUGCCUUCAAUGGAGGCUCUAGAUAUCAGUGUUAAAAGAAUUCCUAUCCAAACAAACCCUUCAUACUUUGGGGGAGAGGAGGAGGAAGAUAUUCCUGACAUGGCAGACUUUGAAGACCCUGACAAUCUAAUCGAAUCAGAUCCUGCAACACUUCAGACUACGUAUCUAGUGGCUCACGAACCUGAUGAUGAUGAUAACAUUCUACGCACUCGAACAUAUGAUGUCAGCAUCACGUACGAUAAAUAUUACCAAACUCCUCGUGUAUGGCUUACUGGAUAUGAUGAGUCAAGGAUGCUUUUGCAACCAGAGCUUGUACUUGAAGAUGUUAGCCAAGACCAUGCACGCAAAACGGUAACCAUUGAAGACCAUCCUCACUUACCUGGGAAGCAUGCAUCAGUGCAUCCUUGCCGACAUGGGGCUGUAAUGAAGAAAAUUAUUGAUGUUCUAAUGUCACGCGGGGUUGAGCCAGAAGUUGACAAGAAGUCAAAGAUAGUCACCAAAUUUUGCUGGGUUAGACUACCUUGCCCAAGGCAGUUCAAUUAUUUGUGGUUCCCAUACCUCUCUUUGAUAUUUUGGAAAUAAACUACAGCAAUAAGAUCCAAUGGAAUUGUGACAGGAGACUCUCUAAUGCUGAUGGGAUGCUCUGCUCUCAGACACUAGUCACCAGUUAAUCUGCUUUUCUUUUCUUUUCUUUUUUUUAAAAAAUAACAGAAAAAAGAAGCUGCUUAUAUGCAAUAUCAACCCGCAAUAAGACAUGCAACAUCUCUGGAUCAUUUAACCUCGAUCCUGUCACAGACUCUCAGCUCCCGGCCUGAUGUCUCAUAGUCUGUGUACUAUUCAGCAACUUCUGUGGAUCAUUAAUAGUUUUAUUUGCUCAAGUUUGAUUCGUUUCUGUUUUUGUACAUUUAGUUUAUGGCAUUUUACUCUAGAUCUUUAAUGUCAAUACAUCCUUCCUGUCAUUUUGUAGAUAUUGUGAUUGCGAUUACAUGUCAAUACAUCUUUCAUAAUCUCCCA